AUGAGCUUACAAUCACCUUAUUUAUUCUCCUACUGUUUUAGAGGCUGGCGGAAUGAAGACUUGAAUGAUUUAAAUCAAUAUGGCUGCCGGUUGAAUUUUUAUAACUGGUCUUCACAUACCUUAUAUCAAACUAUUGAUUUGGGUCCCGAUGGUAUAACUCCACUUGAAGUUCGUUUUAUGCAUGAUCCAAAACGUCCGGAUGGAUUUGUGGGUGCCUGCUUGUAUGCAAAUAUAUUUUAUUUUAAAAAGAUGUUUGAUUCUGACGAAUUUGUCGCAAAAAAAGCAAUCGAUAUACCACCGAAACUUAUCUCAAUUAAUGGUGAGGACGCACAUCUUUUACAUGGUAUGGUUUCCGACAUAAUUCUAUCAUUGGACGAUAAAUUUCUGUAUUUGAGUUGCUGGUUGCAUGGUGACGUGCGUCAAUACGAUGUUACUGACCCAGAAAAUCCUAAACUUAAGGGUCAGCUGUUUUUAGGAGGAUCUGUUUGCAGUGAUUUGCACAACGUGGAAGUAAUUGAGGAUAAAGAACUGGAGGUUUGUACUACAUAAGUUGAAAAAUUUUAG